ACCUUGAAUCGGAAAAGGUCACUACGCUCUCGGCGAGUUUCUUCCGAACUUUCCGGCGAUUUCUUCCAAAUCGGCGGGAAAACUCGUCUUACUCCGGCGAAGGUUUUGUGUUUUUUCAUGAAUCCUUCGAUCAUAUGCCUUGAAUCUGCAUUCAGGGGGGAGGUGGUUAGUUUAAAAUCGUGCUGGAAAAUUUGAAGAGCGAUGAUAGUGUACUUAAAGGUUAUCUAACAAGAAUGCCAGGCAUACCUCUAGUGACUCGAGAAACCUCCUCCCAUUCAAGAAGCACAGAUCAGAUGUGCCAUGACGAUUCCCAUGUGCAUUUAUCAGCAGAAGAGGAAAUUGCUGCGGAAGAGAGUCUAUCAAUUUACUGCAAGCCUGUAGAAUUAUAUAACAUUCUUCAGAGACGUGCUAUACAAAAUCCUUCGUUCCUCCAAAGAUGUCUGCAUUACAAAAUUCAAGCAAAGCACAAAAUGAGAAUACAAAUGACAGUGUCUCUAUCAGGGACUGUGAAGGAAGGUGUACAAGCUCCGUGUCUGUUUCCUUUGUAUGUGUCAUUGGCAAGACUUGUUUCUGAUCCAGCAACUUUGGAGUAUUCUGCAGUAUACUGCUUUCGGCAAGCAUGCAUCCUAACUAGUUUCACUGGCAUUGAGGGGAGUUCUCAAGCACAAGCAACCUUUCUGCUCCCUGAGAUAAAUAAGUUAGCAAUGGAGGUCAAGUCCAGCUCACUUGCCAUUAUAUUUAUUAGCUUUGCUGGAACCCAAAAUUCUUUGUGUGGAGUUGAUUCAACUAGGGAUCCAACAGAUCCUGGAGGAUACUGCCUUUGGGGGAACAUACCACUGGAAUGUCUUUGUAUGUCAUGGGAGAAAUCGCCUAACCUAAGUUUGGGACACAAAGCUGAGGGCACAUUUUCCAUUGAGAUGUGGUCUCGCUUCUUUAAGUUGAAUUAUUUGAAUGAGGACAAUUGCAUUUCAAUCCAAAGUUCCAGUAAUUCUUUAACAAUGAACAUAUUACAGCAGGUGCAAGUCACAAUUUCUGCAGAGGUGGUUGGCGCAAAAGAAAAAUCUCUAUAUAAUUUAUACACACACAGUAACAUCUCUUCUUCAUCAUUAUCUCAUAUAAUUCGGUUGAGAGCAGGAAAUGUGUUAUUCAAUUACAGAUAUUACAACAACAAAUUGCAAAGGACUGAAGUGACUGAAGACUUCUCUUGUCCAUUCUGCUUGGUGAAAUGUGCAAGCUUUAAGGGCCUGAGAUAUCACCUGCCUGCAUCUCAUGAUCUCUUCAACUUUGAAUUUUGGGUAACCGAAGAGCAUCAAGCUGUUAAUGUAUCUGUCAAAACUGAUAUUCUGAGAUCUGAGAUUGUUGCAGAUGGAAUUGAUCCUAAACAACAAACAUUCUUUUUUUGCUCCAAACAACGACGACGUAGAAGAGCUAACCUAGUGCAAAAUGCGAGACAUGUACAUCCGCUUGGUUCAGAGUCAAACCUUCCUGCAGUAGUCCAUAAACUUUUGGACAAGGCUCAUGGUGGGAAAGAUUCACUGAAUGCUUGCAUUGGUGCUGCAGACUGUGCUCCACUUGUUCCAUCUGGUUUUAUUGGUGCAGGGUCGACGAGUGCUGCUGGACAGUCACUUUCUGAUGUUGAACGUGUACGAUCAGUGCCUGGAAGUAAUCUUGCACCUCCUGCCAUGCUGCCAUUUGCAAAGACAAGAAAGUUAUCAAUAGAACGUCCUGACCAGAGGAACCGCACUCAACUUCAGAAGCGUAUGUUUUUCCAUUCGCAUAGAGCACAGGUUUUGCUCUUAGUCUUGGCAUCAGUUGUCUUGUUGUCAAUGCUGAAACUUGAAACUGAUAGCCAGACAUGUGGCCAAAGAAUCAUCAGUGCAUCUAUGUUUGGAACAACAAUUGAGCCACUAUCUCUCCUUUCUGACUAUUUAAUUUUCAUCAUAUACUUUGAAACACCUAAAACUGCAUGUAUUUCCUUGAAGCCAAUGGCAAUUGAGCAAGUGAUGUCUGAUCGAGACAGUGAGGAUGAAGUUGAUGACGAUGUUGCUGAUUUUGAAGAUCGAAGGAUGCUUGAUGAUUUUGUUGAUGUGACCAGAGAUGAGAAACAAAUGAUGCACUUAUGGAACUCCUUCGUGAGAAAGCAGAGGGUGCUAGCGGAUGGUCACAUUCCAUGGGCAUGUGAAUCAUUUUCAAAAUUGCAUGGACCUGACCUUAUCAAAGCCCCAUCUCUUAUACGGUGUUGGAGACUAUUUAUGAUCAAAUUAUGGAAUCACGGUCUCCUUGAUGCACGAACUAUGAACGAUUGUAAUAUUAUUCUUGAGCAAUAUCAAAAGCAGGAUUUGAACCCUACGAAAGGUUAAAGGGAGCUGAUUUUGAUGAAAGCCAGUGAGGUGUAUUUUAUCGCCUUCUCUCUUAGCUUUUGAAAGCAGUUGAACAUUGAUGGCUGGCGACCAGACUUCUCUCCAUAAUUCCCAGUGGUAUUAAGGCUUUAGGGCACUUGUGAAUCAUUAACUGUAUUGUUGGAUCCUUGCCAUCUGUUCAAUCCUAAUGUCGUAUGUUGGACGAUUUACUGGAAUGGUACUCUCUUUUUCUUUUUCUUUUUCUUUUUUUUUUCUUCUUUAUUUAUUUAUUUAUUUGUUUUUGUUUAGACACCUUCAAAGGGCUCCAUAGCACAAGACUGUCCAACUGUUGAUAGAAAAACUCAUGUAAUGUUGUCUGUUGUGCCAAUGCAAUCUUAAUAUAACGCAUCUAAGUUG